UUGCCCUAGCAACAACCAAAGGCACCCAAGAGGAGCGCGGCCGCGUACAAAGGUCCUGGGAGAGGCGUGAGCUAGGUCUGGGUCGGCGCCCGUGGAGAGAAGGACAGGUCAGGCCCAUGAGCUACAAUUCCCUUAGCCGCUUUCGUCUCUCCUAACGGUUAAGAGCGCUGAGGGCCAUGGCUGAGGUGCACGUGAUCGGGCAGAUCAUAGGGGCCACCGGUUUCUCUGAAAGUAGCCUCUUCUGCAAGUGGGGCAUCCACACAGGGGCAGCAUGGAAGCUCCUGUCGGGCGUGCGGGAGGGCCAGACACAGGUGGACACUCCCCAGGUGGGGGACAUGGCCUACUGGUGCCACCCCAUUGACCUGCACUUCGCCACCAAAGGUCUCCAAGGUUGGCCCCGGCUCCAUCUCCAGGUGUGGUCCCAGGACAGCUUCGGCCGCUGCCAGCUCGCCGGCUAUGGCUUUUGCCAUGUGCCCAGCAGCCCAGGCACCCACCAGCUGGACUGCCCCACAUGGCGGCCCCUGGGCAGCUGGCGGGAGCAGCUGGCCAGGGCCUUUGUGGGUGGUGGGCCGCAGCUGCUACAUGCGGACACUAUCUACAGUGGGGCUGACCGAUACCGCCUGCACACGGCCGCUGGUGGCACCGUGCGCCUGGAGCUUGGCCUGCUGCUGCGUCACUUUGACCGCUAUGGUGUCGAGUGCUGAGGGAUCUUGCCUGCAAGAGCUGGCCGUCAUUCACAAGCCUGGCCAUGUGCUGAGGCCGGGGUGGCACAGCAGUCGAGAUCAAGGGCCCUGGAAACAGACCCGAUCCGAGCCAGGCAUGGCCGCCGCCCUUCGCGCCCCUGGGCCGUCCCCAGUAAGGCCUGUGCAGUCCUAGUUCCCCAUGGGUCAUGUGGGGUAGUAGGUGUGGGUCACAGGGGUUGGGAGGAAAAUGCUGUUUAGCACAUGAGAGGUGCUUAAUAAAAGUGAGUGAUUCUUG